UUUGUCCCUGCGGCCGCCCCAUAGGCACCGCGGCGCUCCGAGGGUCCCGAGCCGCGCCGCCAUGGCUGCCCGGGUCGGCGUCGCGCCCAUCGGCGAUGGCCUGCGCUAUUCCGGGUCCUUGCAGCCCCCCGCCCAGCCGUCGGACGCCGACCUCGACCGCGGGCUGGCAAGAAGUUUGAUAGCUGUGGGGCUGGGUAUUGCAGCUCUUGGCUUUGCAGGUCGCUACGCAUUUCAGAUCUGGAAACCUCUAGGACAAGUAAUCACAGAAACUGCGAAGAAGAUUUCAACUCCUAGCUUUUCAUCCUACUAGAAAGGAGGAUUUGAACAGAAAAUGAGUAGGCGAGAAGCAAGUCUCAUUUUGGGUGUAAGCCCAUCUGCCAGCAAGGCCAAGAUUAGAGCAGCUCACAGGAGAAUCAUGAUUUUGAAUCACCCAGAUAAAGGUGGAUCUCCUUACUUAGCAACCAAAAUUAAUGAAGCAAAAGACUUGCUAGAAGCAACCACCAAACACUGAUGGAUGCUCAAGGACCACUCUGAAGGAGAAGAAGGGGGACCUUAUAAAAGUUGUCCUGCAAAUUAGUCUAAACCAUGGCAUUCACAAUUUUCCUAUGUGUACCGACCACAGCCAUUUCUUCCAUGUCUAAGCUAUGUAAUAAUAAAAGAUGAACAGUC